GAACAAACAACAGAGCCACGGUCAAGAAGAACCGUGAAAGUGAAACAAACCCCCUUGCUCUCGACCUGUUCGAGGGCGAGGGCGAGGGCGAGGUCAAACCCCAAACCCUAACCUUACCCCACUUCCAACAAUUCCUCAUCCCUCCCUACCGCUCCUUGCUUUCGAUCCGGAUUCCUUCCUGGAUUAGGGUUCUUCCACCAGCCCGAGACCUCGAUUCUUCGUCCACGGAUAGUUAAAUUGGGAGAGAUUUGGGGUUUGGGGCGUUGGGGAGGUGCGGAGCGAUGGAAGGGGGAGCGGGCGGUGGGAACGACGUGGAGUUGGUCUCCAAGACGCUGCAGUUCGAGCAUAAGCUGUUCUACUUCGAUCUGAAAGAGAAUCCACGGGGGAGGUACCUCAAGAUCUCCGAGAAGACGUCGGCCACCAGGUCCACCAUCAUCGUCCCCGUCGACGGCAUCGUCUGGUUCCUCGAGUUGUUCGGCUACUACAUCAGCACGGACGAGCAGGACGUGUUCAGCAAGGAGCUCAAGCUCGAUUCCAAGGCGUUUUAUUUUGACUUUGGUGAGAACAAAAGGGGGCGCUUUCUCAAGAUCUCAGAAGCAUCUGUCAACAGAAACCGGAGUACAAUCAUUGUUCCUGCAGGAAAUUCUGGUGAAGAAGGAUGGACAGCAUUUAGGAAUGUUUUACAAGAGAUACAUGAAGAGGCUUCUCGACUGUUUAUGGUACCCAAUCAGCAACACAUGGAACCUCCGGAACAUCUUCCAGGACUUUCAGAUGAUGUUGGGGCUGGAUUCAUAUCUGGCCACAGUGCCCAAUCAGCCUCUGGCACAGAAUUGAAUGCUGAUAGAAUGGUUGAUAUGCACACACAUGAUGAUAUGGGAGGCAUGGGGAUGUCUAAAGUAAUCAGGGCAGAUCAGAAGAGGUUUUUCUUUGAUCUGGGAAGCAACAACAGGGGACACUUCUUGAGGAUAUCUGAGGUUGCUGGAGCUGAUCGUUCAUCAAUCAUCCUCCCCCUGUCUGGUCUGAAACAGUUCCAUGAGAUGAUUGGCCACUUUGUGGAGAUAACCAAGGAUAGGCUCGAAGGAAUGGUUGGUGCAAAUGUCCGGACACUGGAACCUGCUCAAAGAUAAUCAGUUUGGUGUGUCGUCAUUCACGCUGUCUUUAGCUUUCAAUUAGAUCACCUCGCUGCGUGAAUUUAGAUCUUGCACUUUGCAGACGAUGCUCUUUUUCUUAUUCGUUUGUGGUGGACAAUAAUCUAUGUCUGGUAUUCCAUGGUGGAGGGUUAGAUGUGCUUCAAAUCCUUCUUUGGGUGAAUAACAACAUGGACAUGAUUGUAGCUUGAGCAUCCAGUGGCAAAACUGCUGCUUUGCAUGUCUUUGAAUUAAUAAUUAAGUUCUUGGUAUUGUGCUUGCCUUUC